AUGGGGACUGCACGGGUGAACCCCAGUAGUUCGACCGUCUUCGUUCCUGGAUCUGGAGAAGAGAAUCCCGUACGCGCGGCAUAUAUUACCUCACUGGAGUCACAGAUAUCUUCCUUACGGGAUGAGCUCGCUACAGUAUACAAGACCCAAGGCCAGAAUGCACAGAGGUUAUUGGCGAUGAAUGAGACGCUUCGUGAGAAGGAGGAAUUAUCGCGAGUGGACUCCGAAAACCUCAGAAAAUCUCGCGAUGAGAUUGUGACGUUGCGAAAGAAGGUGGACCAGCACAACGAGCUAAUGGCCGAAAAGGAUCGCACCGCUCAGAUCCUACAUGAUGAGAUCAACACUCUGCAGCUAGAGCUCAGUCAGAUUGAGGAGCGAAAUUCGCAACUCGGUAAGGAUAACGCGAAGCUUCUCCAGCGUUGGUUAGAUGCAAAGCAGGCGGAGGUGAACAAAAUGAACGAGGCGAAUGAGUUCUACGAGGACAUGCAGUCACGUCGACAAGAGGUGACGAAUUCGACGCCAGAUUCCGGUGCAAGCGCGGAGGAAAAUGCGGAAGUGCAGUCGCUUUCAGAGUCGGGAAACGAGGAGGAGAAGGAGGAAUCUGGGGCGGCGACGACGAAGGAUGGGACGCCAUCUCCACCGGAGACGGGCGUGAGUCAGACGCCGAAUGGUUGA